GGUCCCACAGUGCAUUGCGCAAAGCCGGCACCUAGCGGAGCGCGGUUAGAAUAACGUCGGUCCGACCGGGGCUGCUCGGCAGCUAUGGCCGCACCGAGAGAAAAUGUCAGUUUGCUAUUCAAGUUGUACUGCUUGACAGUGAUGACCCUGGUGGCUGCAGCUUACAUCAUAGCUUUAAGAUACACAAGGACAACAGACAAAGAACUCUACUUUUCAACGACAGCUGUGUGCAUCUCAGAAGUUAUAAAGUUAUUGUUAAGUGUUGGAAUUUUAGCUAAAGAAACUGGUAGUGUGGGUAGAUUCAAGACUUCUUUAAAAGAAAAUGUCUUAGGAAGCCCAAAGGAACUGAUGAAGUUGAGUGUACCAUCUCUUGUAUAUGCUGUUCAGAACAAUAUGGCUUUCUUAGCUCUUAGUAAUUUGGAUGCAGCAGUAUACCAGGUGACCUACCAGCUAAAGAUUCCUUGUACUGCUUUAUGUACUGUUUUAAUGUUAAACCGAUCACUCAGUAAAUUACAGUGGAUUUCAGUUUUUAUGCUGUGUGCUGGAGUCACACUUGUUCAGUGGAAACCGGCUCAAGCUACCAAAGUAUUGGUGCAGCAGAAUCCAUUGUUAGGGUUUGGUGCUAUAGCUAUUGCUGUGUUAUGUUCAGGAUUUGCAGGAGUAUAUUUUGAAAAAGUUUUAAAGAGUUCAGAUACUUCCUUAUGGGUGAGAAAUAUCCAGAUGUAUUUAUCUGGAAUUGCAGUGACAUUAGCUGCUGUCUACAUAUCAGAUGGAGGUGAAGUUAUAGAAAAAGGAUUUUUCUAUGGCUAUACAUACUACGUCUGGUUUGUUAUUUUGCUUGCCAGUGUUGGAGGACUCUAUACUUCUAUUGUGGUAAAGUAUACAGACAACAUCAUGAAAGGAUUUUCUGCAGCAGCAGCCAUUGUCCUUUCUACUGUUGCUUCAGUCCUACUGUUUGGAUUACAGAUAACACUCAACUUUGCUCUGGGUACCCUUCUUGUGUGUGUUUCAAUAUAUCUUUAUGGAUUACCCAGACAAGAUACAACAGUAAUCCAAGGGGAAGAAACCGCUUCAAAAGAGAAACUGAUUCACAUAUGAUGUUGUUUCUAAGAUUAAAACAUUUAUAUUAAAACAAAAAACAAACAAAAAAACUACAGCCUUAAGCUAAUCCUAGAAGGUAGCUUUAACAAAACAAAAAAAUUGAAUGUAUGGCAUGAGAACUUUUCUACUUAGUUAAGGAAUGUGUUGCCAACAUGACUAAGGGGCUCACUUUGUACAAUUUUAGGAAAACAGGAAUUACUGUAUAUAAUGUACAUAAAAAGCAUUUUAGUGCUUUAAAAAAAUGUGGGGUGUGGUUCUAGAUGAUGUUUUAAAGUGCCAAAGUUUUUUCUGCACUAAUGGGACUCUUGGUCAAGUACUAAAGAGAAAAUCCCUCUCCACCUUGCAAUGCAUGUAAUCUUAUUCCAACAGAGGCUUAGGCCUCCUGCAAAUAGGAUGCAUAAGCAGGAUGGGUCAAUUCAGAAACAGACUGAACAUGUUAUUUCCUCUAAGACUGAAUCCACUUGGUGACUCUAAUUAUAUCUAGGUGGUGACUUAGUGCUUCUUUAGCACUGUAUCUGUGCCAUUAGUAAUCUCAAUUCCAAUUUUUUUCAUAAAACUUUUUAUGUCACUUUUGUACUCUUUUAUAAAAUGAUCAGCUGUUGGAUUCAUUAAGAGUAAUUUGUGAAACCAGUGGUUUUUUUUUUAAUCUCCAUAAUGUUCAUGGGGAACUCAGCAAUAAACCUAAUUUAUUUACCUAA